UGCAAAUUAGUUAUGUCACAAAAGGCGGGACUUCCUCUUCACAGUUCCCUUAACCGCUUUAUGAAGGACAUACUGUCAGGCUGAAGAGGAGAUCGACUAGUAGAGGCCGUAUUCACCAUGGCAGGGCACGAUGCUGGAUCUCAACACCAGUUUACUGGUUUCUCAAAGUACUUCAAUUCAUAUACCCUCCAGGGAAGGAAAAAUUGUGUCCUGGCUACAUAUGCGGGGAUUGCUGCAAUUUUCCUCUACUUUAAACUGAAGCCUAAGAAACAGAAGCAAAUUGCAGAAAAGUAAAUAUUGGUUGUCCUGUCUGUGCUCUGUUGUAUAGAGCAAGCAGGAGUUCCUGGGAGUUCUCUGCUAAAUGGGCAUGGUCUGUCGUGGCUGUAAAAUUCUCAGUUUCUAUGUCCUCGAAUACUUUGAUGGAGUCCCAGAAUCGCACUAAAUUAUCCAUGGAACCAGUUGAUGUUGGUAUUAAAGCAUGUUACAUCUAAAAA